GGCUCGAGCUGCUGCGCGCAGCAUUCUGAUGUUUGGCCGCAGCCAGCGCAGUCGCUAGGGGUUCUUCCCCGUGAUGCUGGCGGCACCCAUUCGUACCAAGCUGUGCGAAGAGGGUGCGUUGCCAAGCAAUGGGCUUGCAUGGGCCACCUGUUCGAUGCAGGGCUGGCGCAUGCACCAGGAGGAUAGCCACCUCGUCACGCCACAGGUGUCGGCCUCGGGACCUUGGCGUGAGGCGUCUCUCUUCGGAGUGUUCGAUGGGCACGGGGGUCCUGAGGUCGCACGGUUUGUGGCUGCACAUUUGCCUGCCGAACUUGCAUCUUCGACGGACGACAAUCAGGGCCUCCAGCCGAAAGCGAUCACUGCGAGUCUAUCUGCUGCCUUCUUGCACUUGGACAAGGCCCUACGAACCGAGGCUGCACGUGAGGAGCUGAGGAGACUCGGAGGGGCAUUCCGGGCCUCUGGUGCAGAGUGUGUGGGCACGACCGCGGUAGUUUGUUGUCUCCACGGGCGAGACAUUGCUGUUGCUUGGGCGGGUGACAGCCGUGCAGUCCUCGCACGCGGGAAGCGUGCGGUGGCCCUCACGGCAGAUCACAAGCCAGAGAACCCAAAGGAACGACAGCGCAUCCUCUCCGCUGGGGGCCGUGUGCUCCUCGUUGAAGGCGAGACCGUGCACCGCGUCGCGUUCGAUGGAGCCCCGAUGGCCUUGAACAUGUCCAGGUCGAUUGGAGAUCUGGCGUUCAAGGCCCGUCCGUGGAAAUCCGCAGAACAACAGAUGGUCACCGCGGCUCCAGACGUGCGCAGAGUGCGAUUGAAGAAUUCAGACCGGUUCAUCUUGCUCGCAUGCGAUGGUAUUUGGGAUAUGCUCUCCAACCAGGAUGCGGUCGAUUUUGUGCAUCAGCACUUGCCCUCUCCAGGCAUGCCCCUGGCACCGGUUCUAGAAAAAUUGCUGGACCGUUGUUUGUCGCGUAACCCUGUUCAGACAGGCGGUCUUGGUUGCGACAACAUGACCGCGGUGCUGAUUCGUUUCGGAACAACAGAUGCCAAGAUCUCUUGCGGAUGUUCUCCGCCAGUUGCAGCUGGUCGGAGUAUGGGCCAGAAGGCUAAAGAGAAGAAAGCCAAGAAGGCCAAGAAGGCCAACACAAAGAAGGCCAAGAAGGCCAUGAAGGUCAAGAAGGCCAAGAGGAAGCGGGAACACUCAUCCUCGUCCCCGAGUUCUUCGUCAUCGGUGCCUGAUUGACGUUGAUGAUUGCCGAGCCUCGUCGAUCGCUAUGAUGUUAGGUGUGUGCUUUGCUCUCAUCGUGUUAUUCUGACUUGUGCGGGGGAUCAGGUACAUGCGAAUUCCAGCGCCAGGAACACAAAUGAUAGUAUCAUCAAUUCUUCACGCUUCGCGUAGCCCCACCAGCUUAGACUCCCUGGGUUUGCCGUUUGCACGUUUCUGGGCUGUCCUUGCAGACUCCCUGGGAUUGCACGCCCGCUGGCCUCUCAGACACCCUGGGUUGCCGCCGUUCGCCGCCUGAUCCGCGGCUCCGCGCGCGC